UUAAUGAACAAGUCAGGAGCACACACUGUGACUGAAUUUGUCAUCUUGGGUUUCACUGGUAGCUGGGAGACACGAAUCUUACUCUUUUCUCUUUUCUUCAUAAUCUAUAUCCUAACCAUGGCAGGGAAUGGGGCCAUCAUGUGUGCAGUGAGGUGGGACCAGAGGCUCCACACACCCAUGUAUAUCCUCUUAGGGAACUUUGCCUUUCUGGAAUUCUGGUAUAUAAACUCUACUGUGCCCAGCAUUUUGGGAAACCUUCUCUCAGAAACAAAAACCAUCUCUUUUCCUGGCUGUUUCAUCCAGUUCUAUUUCUUUUCCUCCCUGGCUGCAACUGAAAUCAUUUUCCUGUGUAUCAUGGCUUAUGAUCGUUAUCUUGCCAUCUGUCACCCACUACACUACCCAACCAUCAUGACCCUAAAGCACUGUUGCACCUUGAUGUCUGUGUGUUGGGUGCUGGGCUUCUUAGUUUUUUUUCUAUCUACCAUCCAGCUCUCUCAGCUAUCAUUCUGUGAUUCCAACAUCAUUGACCAUAUUAUCUGUGACAGGGAUGUACUAAUAGCUCUAUCAUGUGUCCCUGCUCCCAGCACUGAAAUUCUGUUCUCUGUCCUAAGCUGCCUCCUCACCUUCCUUCCCAUACUCUACAUCCUUGGCUCAUAUAUCCUUCUACUAAAAGCUGUAUUAAAAGUACCUUCAGCUGCUGGCCGGCGUAAAGCCUUUUCCACAUGUGGAUCCCAUCUGGCCAUAGUCUGCCUCUUCUUUGGGAGCCUUAUGAUCAUGUAUGUGAGUCCAACAUCUGAGAAUUCUGAAGUACAAAAGAUCAUAAGCUUAUUGUAUAUAGUGGUGACACCAAGCUUAAACCCUCUGAUCUAUAGUCUCCGAAACAAGGAGAUGAAGGCUGCUCUAAGAAAAGUCAUAGGAAUCGAUUCAGAAUAA